AUGGAAGAGGGUGGGGUGAAGACGGAGCCAGCAUUGUCGGCAGAGGCGUUCACGUUACCAACACAAUCAGGAGAUAGUACAGGUCCAGGCGGGCAACUACAGGAAGGGCCGGACACUGGGAAUUCCAACGAAGACCAUUCCUCGCCGAACGAGCUUUCAGAACAUUCGAACGCGGACACGCCGAUCCAAGCGCAUGGUGACGCGUCGACGAGCUCGAGAGAUCGCUCCGAUGACGAUCUCGUCGACGGCGUCGAACUGCUCCUCGAAGAAAAGCUAGAAAUCGCCGAAUUCGUCAAGGCCAAUCCAGCGACUGCGAGAGCCCUGAUUCGAGAAAACUUCACCGCCAAAUUCGGAAAACAAAUCGAUCUCGACGAGAUUGACAACAUCAUCGCUAUGGAUCCACACGAGUUAGCUUCCGAUGGAAUGACCCCAAGUCCGAAGUCAGGAAAACUGUCGUUUCCAAAAGGCGGCCCGAGAACUCCCGAGAUAGAAAAGUACGUGCUCGGUCUAUUUGAAGAAGCAGAAGCGAAGGAAGAGAGCCUCUCUGGAUCGGCACGUUUCCUCGCGCGGCACGAUAAAAAAGUUUCCCAAUCCAGCGCGGACAAGGACUCCAAGCCGGAGGUCCGCACGCGGAACCAAUUUUCGCUCUGCGAGAAACAUGAAGUCGCCAAGUACUUGGUGCAGAACCCGAAUAUGCUUGCUAAAGAUAUCGCGCUGCUCUUCUCCGAGAAGUUCAAAAAACCGCUCACUGCUGACACCGUCCGGCGAAUCAAGUCGGAAGGCGAUAAACUCCUAGACGAGUCCCUCGCCAACGACAAUCGAUACAAGAACAAGUCGAAAUCGUCCAACUUCCCCGAAAUCGAGCAGGUCAUGCUUGCCGUCAUGGAUGAAGCCGAGAAGCAGAAAAUGACGCUCACUUCCGGCUACAUUCGGAACAUGGCGCUAGAAUUGGCGAAGCAGCUUGGAAUUGAGAAUUUUAAUGCUUCUCAAGGAUGGCUUCAGCGCUUUCAGAUGCGACAUGGGAAGAAACUCGAUGAUGGCCGAAAAUUGCGACAGAAUCGACCGAAACCAUCGCCGUUUGUUCGAUUGACAUUUGGAGAAAAACAUGAAAUCGCGAAUUUUAUGAAAGAAAAUCCCGGAAUGCAGCUCAAGCAGUACGCAGAACUAUUCACUAAAAAGUGGAAUCGGAAUGUGACGGAAAGGCAAAUCAUGGGGACGAAGGAAAACAUCGACAAAUGGUCAAUGGAGCAGUACAAGGGCUCGAACCAAAGCUACGAAAAAAUCACGCGAAAACCCCGAACUUGUCUGUCCAAGUCUGAGCGCGAAGAAAUCGCCACCUUCAUCAGCCAAAACAGUGGAAUGACGCUGGAAGAGACGGCGCGAAUUUUCUCGGAAAAGUGGAGCAAGGACAUCAACAGAACGCACAUCGCUUCCGCCAAGCGAAUGAUCCAGAACUUACAAAACAUGAUCAACAACGACAUUACGAACGUGCUUGGCCAGAGCUCCAACGAUCAUCACAACGACUUGCCGACCAUGGCUGGCCAUCUUCCGUCAACCAACGGGCUUAGCUCGAAUGACAAAGUCAACAACAAUUUGGAUCAAUUCCCGCUCCUCUCCGGCAUGCGCAACGAUAUUAAAACCGAGACGGCGAUCGACAGCUUGUCGAGCGCCGCAAAAUCGGAUGUUUUGGGCAACUCGCAUUUGUCGUCGCACGCCACCGGCGGCCUCGAUCUUUAUUCACACUUCAUGUCAAACCCUCAAAAAGAUCCUCGCGACGAUGGCACUUCAAACUUGUUUCAAAAGUCUUCUUUCCCUGACACAGGCCCUCUUUCUUUCUCGAACUCCUUGAACCACAAAAUUUCUUCUAGCUCUGGAGUGAACUCUGACUUCAACAACCUAACCUCAAGCUCGCUGGGCGCAAGCUCGAAUCCGCUCGAUUUGAUUAAGUUGCCAAGCUCGUCCGCGCCGCCCAACCCCUUUAUCCAGAACCAGCUGUUCGGGCAGCAUCAGCUCAACCAGGAGCCGAGUAGCUUCGGCGGCUUGGGACCCAACCAGGCCGGAGCAAAUGCGCUCGGGCAGCAGGUUCCUGGACAGUUUAUCACGUGCCCGCAGUGCUAUCGACAGUUUGACUCAGGUCCUGUUUUCUGGUGCCACUUUAGCAUGGAACACUCAAACUUGCUCAACCCCUUUAACUCGUUGAACCCGCUGAAUCAGCUCGGCUCCGCUGCGUCCACUCAAGCCAACCCGCUAUCGCCUCACGGGGGAGCGCCGCUAGGCAGUGCCUCGCUCAACGGGCCGCUCAACCCCCUCGGCCUCGGCAGCCAGGGCGCAACUGACAACUCCCUCCUCGCCGCCGGCAUGGGAGGUCACCUGCCCGGACAGCUAAGCGAGACGUCCCAAGGCAGCGACCCUAAUCAAACCCAAAAUUAUCUCAAUACAGGCUUCGGCUUACCUCAACAUAUCUAA